AUGGCAGAAGCAAACACUAGAAUACAAUGUUCUAUCUGCAAUAAAGGAAAUACGACAUAUAUUUGUCGUGGAUGUUCAAAAGAUUUUAAUUUUCAACGUUUAACAGAACAUCGACCAAUUCCUCGUAGACAAUUAAAUGAAAUUAUUAAUGAUCACGAUCAAUUUCAACAAAUAAUUAUUCAACACAAACAAAACUUAGACAAUUCUUCUUUAAUUCAACAAAUUAAUCAAUGGGAAACAAAUUCAAUUCAUCAGAUUCAACAAACAGCAGAAGAAUGUCGAGAAACAGUGAUGAAAUUGACACAAAAAUUGAUCAAUAAUACUGAGAGAAAGUUUAUUGAAUUAUCUCAGAAAUUAAAAGAAAUUCGUCAAGAAAAUGAAUUUAAUGAAAUUGAUUUAAAUCAUUUUCAAUUAAAAUUAAAACAAAUGAAAGAAGACUUUCUUCAAUCAUCAAAUAUUUCUAUUCGACAAGAUUCACAACAAUUUAUCAAGAAAAUUUCAGUUAUUUCAUCAUUCGGAGAAAUUCAGAUAAGAAAAACUAAAUUUCAACAAUUUGCAAUUACUGUUGCUAAAGGAAAUGAAGAUGGACAGAAAUCAAAUCAAAUCUCUGAUCCUCAAGGCAUCUUUUUUGAUAAUGAUAAAUCACUUUAUAUUGUUGAUUAUUCGAAUGAUCAUAUUGUUAGAUGGAAAUUAAAUUCAAAUACUGGUCAAAUCAUUGAAGCAGAUAGAAAUGGAAAUGAAAAUAAUCAAUUGAAUCUUCCAAGAGAUAUAAUUUUUGAGAAAGAAAAUAAUUCUUUUAUUAUUUCUGAUUUUGAAAACAAACAAGUAAUUCGAUAUUUUGAUCAAAAUCAAACAAAUCAACAAAUUAUUAUUUCAAAUAUUUAUUGUUUUGGUUUGGCAAUCGAUAAAAAUGGUUAUAUUUAUGUUUCUGAUUGGAUGAAUCAUGAAGUAAGACGAUGGAAACAAGGAGAUGAAAAUGGUGAAUUAGUUGCAGGUGGACAUGGGAAAGGAAAUCGACUUAAUCAACUAAAUUAUCCAACUAAUCUAUGUAUUGAUGAAGAUUAUUCUCUUUAUAUAUCAGAUGGUCACAAUCAUCGUGUAAUGAAAUGGAAAAAAGAUGCAAAAGAAGGAAUUAUUGUUGCUGGUGGAAAAGGUUAUGGAAAUAGUCUCAAGCAAUUGUCUUUUCCUCGAGGAGUGAUUGUUAAUCAUUUGGAUCAAAUUUAUGUAGCAGAUCGUAAUAAUAAUCGAAUAAUGCGUUGGUGUGAAGGAGAUAAAGAAGGUGAAAUUGUUGUUGGUGGAAAUGGAAGAGGAAUGCAAUCAAAUCAAUUGAGUUUACCCACAAGUUUAUUAUUUGAUAAUGAAGAAAAUCUUUAUGUUGUUGAUUAUAAUAAUCAUCGAAUAUAA